AUGGUUUACAAGAAUUACUUAAUGCAGAAUCAAGAUUGUGGAUAUUGGAAAUGUUUGAAGAGCAUUAAAUUGAAACCUCGUGUGGAAGUUUUUUGGUGGAGGGUUUUUAAUAAUGCAAUUCCAAUGCAUGACUUUUUGUAUCAAAGAAGAAUGCAGGAAGGUUUUAUUUGUCCAAGAGGAUGUGGUGUUAAAGAAGAUGUUGAACAUAUUACAACAAAUUGUGGAAAAUUGAAGGAAGUAAUUGGAUGCUUAAAUAAAUGGGGUUUUGGAAUCAGCUCUUUUCAAUCGUUCCAGGACUGUUGGAAAUGGAUGGAUAUGUACAAGGAUUCAAAUGGAUUUCUGGUUAAUGUUUACUGUAAUGCAGUUUAUUUUGUAUGGAGGUCAAGGAACAAAUUUAUUCGCGGUGGCAAGGAGGAUUGUUCUACAUUCAUGGCUUCUAGUGCUGUAAGUUAUGCUUCUAUCUCUUACAUGGUAGAUGAAAAUUUGGGAAACUGGGGUACUAAUCAGUCUUUUAGACUGUUAGAUCGUUGGUACCCUCCUCCUCCCAACUGGAUUAAAAUCAAUGUAGAUGCUGCAUUAUUAAAGUCUUACAAAGCAGGAAUUGGAGGAGUGGUACGGGAUAGUGAAGGAAGAUUUUUAUUGGCAUAUGGUCAUUCUUGUACUCAUUGGGAUAUAUCUAAAUUGGAACUCAUGGCGGUCCAUUUCAUUCGGCAAAUACAAAAAGAGUGGAUGCAAGAUUACAAUGAAAUUGCAGAUUAA